CGUUGAACAAUGCACACAAUGUUUGGAUUUCUCGGUCGAUUUGUGUGGCUCCUCAGUGCUUUAAUAAAUGUUGCUGUGGCUAGCAAUGAUGGGCCACCGUUUUAUACAGCUGGUGUGGCGGAAUUUCGACCGGCGAUAAUGGGCGGUACUUCGCAACAGCUGUUGGAAUCGAAUCUGGCCGGUUAUCUGGAGCUCAUGCACUCCGGCAAUGGCACUACGGAUAUCAUUGUUUUCCCGGAGGCCACUCUAAAUACAGUACUCACUCUGACAGCGGUGCCGGAGUCCACGGAACAAAGUUUAUGUGAAGAGCAGCCAGGUGAUGAUCCCGAAAUAGCUCCUUUUCUAAGGCGACUGGCCUGUGCCGCCAGGGAAUAUAACACCUAUCUCGUUAUAAACGUAAAGGAGCGGUCACCAGAGAAUUGUCCUAUGGGAACCACCUGUUCCAAUAGGGGAUAUAGCAUCUUCAAUACCAAUGUGGUGUUCGAUCGACUGGGCGCUGUGGUAUCUCGCUACAGAAAGUGGAAUCUGUACCUGGAACCGUCCACCAAUCGAACUGAUUCGCCCGAAUUGGCCACCUUUAGCACCGACUUCAAUGUCACCUUCGGUCAUUUUAUCUGCUUCGACAUGCUCUUCUAUACGCCCGCUCAGGAUUUGGUGGAGCGUUUGGGCAUUCGCCAUUUGAUAGUCACCAAAAUGUUCAACUCCGAGCUGCCUUUUCUCACAGCAUCCCAAUUUCAGCAGGGUUGGGCUUGGGCCAAUCGUGUGAAUCUGCUGGCCUCCGGAGCAAGUGUUCCGCAAUCGGGAGUAAGUGGCAGUGGCAUUUAUGCGGGUCAACAAGGAGCUUUGACCCGUCUAAUGAUCACGGAUGAGAUAGAGGGUCAAAGGAAGUUGCUCUUGGCUAAAGUUCCUCUAAAUCCGGAGGAUCAGAUACUCACCGAUGAGAUUUUGGAACCGGAAAAGACGUCACUGAUUAAGCUAAAACUCCUGCAGCAACCGGAAUUGGAUAAAUUCGCCACCUGGGAACUGCCCAUGAUCCAGGAAAGUUCGGUGAACAAAAGGAUCUGCCAGAAGGAUUUGUGCUGUGAGUUUCAGAUCAGUUGGACGCUAGUGGGAUCGCUGUCAGGAUAUAGCUACAGAUUGGGUGUUUGGGUGGGCGAAAGGCGCUACGAGGAGGAGCAGUACAGUGCCAUCCGGCUGUGUGGCUUGUUCGCCUGCAGCGGUGCCAAUGUGGAAAGUUGUGGGCUAAUCGGCGAGGAGCAAGUACAGCCAGUCAAGUUCACCAAACUACAGAUCCUUGGAGAGUUUGUGCGAAAACCACGGCGUCUCAUUAUGCCCAGCACCCUCGGCACAUCCAAUCUCUACGCCCUGCAGCCCUCGCAAUUAGUUUGGUCAACGGAGGAAACGGAUAAUCUAACCAGGAUUAAGAUGGAACUGCGACAGCCGCACAGCCAGCUAAUGACCUUCGCCAUAUAUGGCAACUAUUUUGAUGAAUAUGCGGCUGGUGGAGCCGGCACAGUGGAGGCCAUCACACUGGGAGCGCUGCUGUUUCGGCUUAUCACGCCGCUAGCGAUGAUGCAUAUCAUCUGGGAGUAGGUCAGUCCAUUAUCACUCGCUUAUCUAUGGAUAUCAAACCCGCUUAAGGUGAAAUAUGUUCAGGAUACUAAGGCUAGUGGAUAUUAUUUAUACAUUUAUUAUGUUUCAAAAAGCUUCACAACAUUAAAUUUAAUUUUUAUGAAAUACUCUAUGAACUAACCUUAUAGUUUAUAUUGAUUAUAUAAAUAAAUAACUAAACCAUA